UUUACUGGACUAUUGGGAUUAAGAAAAAAACAUAAAACUCAAUCCAUUGAUGCAAUAGAUAGUGGUUUUGCUGAUGCAGAGGACUUUGAUAGCAUAUAUAGUUUUUGUCAAUAUGAUGAUUCUAUUAAUGAUGGUUCAUUUAUUAGUAGCAUUGAUAGUAGUAUUGGUAGUAAUAGUACCAAUAAUAUGAGUAAUAGUAUACCGCUUACAAAUA